AUGCAUCUUUCGAAAGCACUGAUCGCGGUGACGCCGCUGCUCGCCGCAGUCACAGGCUCGGCGAUACCAUCUCUCGAGACGCGCCAGACAGGAUGGCCGGCUUGCCAGCAGACACUCAGUUGCACGUUCGACCAAAUCCAGUCUUCAACCAUGCAAGAACGCUUGGCGUAUGUCCAGUAUAUGGAGAGUGAAUGGUUCGGUCCCUUGAACUCGGCCGACCAAUUCGGCGCCAUUGAAGGUGUCAUCACCUUCUUCAUUAGCAAGAAUCUCGGCGCUCCGAACAGCUGGAUCAGCUACGUCGACACAGGGAUCAUCGAGGCGAUCCAACGCGGUGGUGCCAUGGCCCUAGGCCUCAGCACAGACACUGGUGGAAAUCCUGGCACUACACUGUGGAGGGAUUUCUUUAUCGCCAUGCGAGACGGGACUUUCGCAACAAGACAGGACCACGACUACGCCUGGGGUGAGGCCGAAGCCACAGCGACUGAGUGGUCGAAGGCCGACAAGGCCGAUGUGCUGGCCGACGCACCCGCCACCCAGCAAGAGUUGAACUGGUACGAAUUUACCGUGCUGUUCAGAUGGAUUCUGCGACACGAGCCCGAGACCAUCCUUCUCUUGACGCCGGUGUUCCUGUUCGAGUCCGAGAACUUCGUGUACUGGCUUACAGACGUGACGAGGCCUGAGCCCACCAUUUGCGGGUCGCAGGCGGCUUGGGCGAUCUCAGGCACGUUUAGCUUUACGUUGGACAGUAUCAUUGACUUCCCUGAGAACGUUAUCGAUCUGUUGUCCGCGAUAUACAACUGUGGCAGUGACUUUUUCGAGAACUCUUGA